AUGAUCAGUCAAAGGGGAAUCGAGGCCAAUCCCGAGAAAAUAAAAGCCAUAAUCGACAUGGAGACGCCGAAGACGCAGAAGGACAUUCAGAGCCUUACCGGACGUGUCGCUGCCCUGACACGCUUCAUCUCCAAGGCUACCGAUAAAUGCGUGCCGUUCUUCAAAGCUUUGAAAGGGGGCAAACAUCAUAUAACGUGGACUCCCGAAUGCGACCAGGCAUUUCAAAACUUGAAGAACUACAUGAGCCAGGCACCACUGUUAUCGAAACCGCUGCCAGGCGAGGUACUACUCCUGUACCUUUCGGUAUCCAACACUGCCGUCAGCUCAGUGUUGAUAAGGAAGCCAGAGAAGGCGGAGCUACCGAUCUUUUAUGUCAGCAAGGCGCUCCAGAGCGCAGAGCUUCGGUACCCACCCUUGGAGCAACUAGCACUGGCCCUGGUCGUCUCGGCACGAAGACUUCGCCCUUACUUCCAGGCUCACGAAAUCACAGUUCUGACGAACCAGCCUCUUCGGCAGGUGCUCCAAAAGCCGGAAACAUCGGGCCGAUUGGUCAAAUGGGCAAUCGAGUUGGGAGAGUUUGACAUACAGUUCAAGCCAAGGCCUGCAGAAAAAGGCCAGGCCGUUGCCGACUUCAUCUCCGAGCUCACGCCGCCUGCUUUAUCGGAACCAUCAUCGCCGAGCGUCGUCCCUACCGCACCAGAGAAAAUGAAUACCGAACGUUUCGACACUUCUGUUCCCUCUCUGGAUCCUGCACGUGGACGGCUCGGCAAACCAGCAAGGCUGUGGUGCCGGCUUAGUGUUAACCACUCCGGACGGUAG